AUGGUAGUAGCAGCAGGAACGAAAAUCAAAAUAGUUAAUAAACAGAAAACAACUUUGAAAGUAGAAACACACAGCAAGAAAAAAUCCAACAAGGAUGAAGGUACAAGUAACGAUACCCAACCAGAGCAGCAGAGCAACGGACAAAGUCAAGACAAACAACAACAAGAAGCCCAAGCGCAACUGGAGGCAAGCACGUCCUCAGGACAGCCAGGAGGAAAGGAGGGACCACUGCAUCCUCCAGAGAGGUUCUUGACAUCAAGAAUGUCACCCACUCCAAAGGGGGCCCUUUGUAGUAAGACCUUUGAUCCCGGUUUGGUUGAUCAAGAAAGUCAUCCGGACAAUAAUAACAACCCCUUGCAUACUGUUGAACAGAUGCAAAAUGAUGGUGAUGCCAAAAGGGCAAAGUGGAUGGAGCUAACAGAGCAUGAGUACUAUUACAGCAACCCAGAUAGGGCAGAAGAAAUGUUGAGAGUGUUGAAUGGCAUGUACGGAGGAGCCCAUCCAACCCAAGCAGAGCAGGACCACAUAACCACCAAUGUUGUGAACAACGUACCCAGGAAGUGGGCUAGAAAUCCGGAGGAGACAGAAACCGCAAACAGGCGAGAGCUCUCACCAGAGGUAACAGUGAAAAGUCCUAGAACAAAGUCCCUAGUGACAGGUGGCAAAAGAAAAAGCAAGAGCAAAACUGGAGUCGUACUGGUGAAGCAGGUCGCAAAAGGGAAGAAGAGAAAAACUAAAGACCAAGAGGAGAAAGUCAAAAAGGCAGACAAGGUAGACAGCAACACCUUAUCAGGUAAGAAGUGCACAAGAGAUAACAAACCUAAUUAG